AGUCCAUUUAAGAAAAUGGGAUUCAGCCAAGCCUGGAAAGUUCUUUUGAUCUGUCUUAUUUCUUGUUAUAUCAUUCAAACAUAUUACUGUAAUGCAUCAGACACCAUUCAGCAAUCCUGGAAACUUUUAGUAGGAGAAACAUUAACAUCUGCUAGUCAAGUUUUUGAAUUUGGAUUCUUUACUCCAGCCAAUUCUGAUAAAAGGUACUUGGGGAUAUGGUUUAAAAAUAUCCCUCCUAUUAAAGUUGUGUGGAUUGCAAACAGAGAAAGUCCACUUAAAGUUUCUGAUUCUGCUGCGAGUCUAUCAAUUAGCGAAAAUGGAAACUUGGUGCUUCUUGAUGGUACACAGACUGUUAUCUGGUCAAGCAAUGUGUCUAUCUCUUCUAAUAAAACAGUUGCUGUUGUUCUCCUGGACAGUGGGAAUUUGGUGCUUAAAGAUAAUGUCUCGGGACAAACCUUCUGGGAGAGUUUCGAUUAUCCUUGUGAUACUUUCUUGCCAGGAAUGAAAAUAGGUUUUAACAGUAAAACCGGGGAGAAAUGGCUCUUGUCUUCUUGGCAGAAGGAAAAUGACCCCUCACCCGGAAAUUUUUCUAUAGGGAUCUCGGAGCAACUUUCACCUCAGUUUUUUGUAUGGAACAAAUUCACUCCUUACUACAGAACCGGGGAGUGGAAUGGACUGAAGUUCAUUGGUUUGCCUUAUAUAGAUUCAGCAGCCUAUAUAAUUCAGUUUGUUUUUCAGCAAGACUUUCAAGAGGGAACCACAUAUUGCACCUUUCUUCCAAAUACUUCAUUCCUAAAUUUCGUGGAGCUUCAGUCUACGGGGUCUGUUCAAGUUGUUCAGUGGACCAAUGGAGAUCCAGCUUGGGAAAUUUAUGCUACAAUGGUACAUGCACCAUGUGAUAUAUAUAACACAUGUGGACCUUCAGCAGUCUGUAGCAAGCAUAACUUCCCGAUUUGCAGCUGCUUAAGAGGGUUCGUGCCACAGUCUGGUGAUGAAUGGAGCAAAGGAAACUGGACAGGUGGUUGUGUGAGGCGAACUGAAUUACUCUGUCAGCAAAAAGGAAAUACUCUAUCUCCAGGGGUUGGACUGCAGGACAGAUUUUUGAAGCUUAGUGGACUGAAACUGCCUGAUCUUGCUGCUAUUUUUCGCCUUGACAGUGCAAGUGAAUGUGAAAAAUUGUGCUUAAACAAUUGUUCUUGCACUGCUUAUGCUUACGUGGCAGGAAUUAGAUGUAUGGUGUGGUCUGGUGAUCUUUUAGAUAUGCAGGACUACUCGUAUUCAGGGGAAGAUCUUUUCCUUCGGCUUGCUUACUCAGAGUUAGUUUUUCCAGGUAAGCGGAAGUUUAAAAGAACACUAAUCAUAUGUUCUGCAGUAUUUUCCUGUCUCUUUUCUGGGUUUGCUCUAUUUUGUUUGCUCAAGCACAAGAUUCAUCAAACAGGACAGAAGAGAAAAGGAGCCAGAAGCUUCAGUCUGGGUAAUUCAUGCUACAUUUCAAAAGACUACACAGUGGAAAGUUUAUGGGUUGGUAAUUUAAAGAAAGAAGAUCCAAUUGAACUUCCACUGAUUGAAUUUGAGGUAAUUGCCACAGCAACAAACAACUUCAAAGAAGAAAACAAACUCGGGGAAGGAGGAUUUGGUCCAGUUUUCAAGGGAAAGCUAAAAGAUGGUCCAGAAAUAGCAGUGAAAAGACUUUCUAAUCGAACGGGGCAAGGCAUAGAGGAGUUCAAGAAUGAAAUCAUAUUGAUAUCAAAACUCCAGCACAGGAAUCUUGUACGACUCCUGGGAUGCUGCAUUGAAGGGGAAGAGUUUCUUAUAAUAUAUGAAUACAUGCCAAAUAGAAGCUUGGAUAAAUCUCUCUUUGAUGCUUCACAAAAAGAACUGCUAGAUUGGCCUAAACGGUUUAACAUCAUUCAAGGUGUUGCUAGAGGGCUAUUAUAUCUACACAGAGAUUCCUGUUUGAACAUUAUCCACCGGGAUUUGAAGGUUAGCAAUAUCCUUUUGGAUGAGGAUAUGAAUCCAAAAAUUUCUGACUUUGGUUUAGCAAGGACGUUUCAAAAGCAGCAGCAACUAGUGCAUACUCACCGAGUAGCUGGAACAUAUGGAUACAUGUCUCCUGAAUAUGCUUUGAGGGGAGUAUUCUCGGAGAAAUCUGAUGUCUUCAGCUUCGGAGUCUUAUUAUUAGAAAUCAUAAGUGGGAAGAAGAAUUCAAGUUUCCAUUACGUUGAAGAAAAUCUUAACCUCCUCAAUUAUGCAUGGAAAUUGUGGAGUGAACAAAGGGGAUUAGACUUUAUGGAUGGGACAUUGAUCAACUCAUUUUCUCCAGAAGAGAUAACGCGAUGCCUACACGUUGGCCUUCUCUGUGUUCAAGAGCAUCCUAGGGACCGUCCUACUAUGGCUGACAUAAUUCUCAUGCUCAACAGUGAAAUGAAAUGCUCAAGUCCUAAACAACCCACAUUUAAGUUUGAAACAUACUUGGAUCUUGAUGGAUCAGCAAAAGAUAACGAAAGAUGUUCUGUCAAUGAGUUUAGUGCAUCGUUGUCUCAAGGACGAAGAGAAGGGGGGAAUGUGUACCAAAAUACCAUCUUCCUUCCUUCCCUCUUCCUAUCAAACAAGAGAACAAGUACACCAACAAAUGUCUCAAACACCAACACUGCAGCAAAACAAAAUAUUCUUUUCUUAAAUUACACAAUGAGAAACACCAAAGAUUACUACUUUCACCAAUUCUUGUUCUUGAUUUUGAUUUCUCAAUUUCUUCAUACAAUUCUUGCUAUACCCACUGAUACAAUCACCACAACACAGCCUUUAACCAAAGAUCAAACCUUAGUAUCUUCCGAUCAACUCUUUGAAUUAGGCUUUUUCUCUCCUGGCGGUGCAAAUUCAGACAAAUGGUAUAUCGGUAUUUGGUAUAAAGAGAUUCAAGACAGGACUAUUGUCUGGGUUGCAAACAGAGCUAAACCCCUUUCAGCUUCAUCAACAUCAGUCCUAAAAAUCACAGAAAUUGGUACCCUUCUUCUCGUCGAUGGCCAAACUGGGAAUUCCGUUUGGUCUUCCGAUCAAACUCCGGCGACCAACGUAGUAGCCCAACUCCUUGACUCCGGGAACUUUGUCAUUCGACCGGAAAACGAUGACAGGGAACAGAGUUACCUAUGGCAGAGCUUUGAUUAUCCAACAAACACUUUAUUACCUGGGAUGAAACUUGGGUGGGAUUCAAAAUCCGGGAUGAAUAGAAACAUAACAUCAUGGAAAUCAGCAAUUGAUCCAGCUCCCGGAGAUUACACUUUCAAGAUCAACACCAGUGGGUUCCCGGAAAUUUACUUAACGAAUAAACAAGAAAUUAUCUACCGGAGCGGGGCUUGGAAUGGAAUUAGAUUCAGUGGGGUACCGGAAAUGAAGGCAAGUGAUAUUAUCUCAUUCGAAUUUCAGUUCAAAUCAGAUGAAAUUACUUAUACGUUCAAAUUACACAACAAAACUUUAUACUCAAGAUUGUUCGUGAGUCACAGUGGUUUUCUUGAAAGAUUCGCUUGGAUCCCAACAAGCAACCUAUGGAAUCGAUUUUGGUAUGCUCCAAAAGAUCAAUGUGACGGAUACACAGAGUGUGGGAUAUCUGGAAUUUGUGACACAAAUAUUUCACCAAUCUGCAAAUGUAUGGUGGGAUUCAAGCCUAAAAAUCAAGUGGCCUGGGAUUUGCGAGAUGGGUCUGAUGGUUGUGUUCGUUUUCAUAAUUUGGAUUGUAAAACUGAUAAAUUUAACAUAUUGAAGAACAUGAAGUUGCCAGAUACGACGAAUUCGUUUGUGGAUACAAAUAUGAAUUUGGAUGAAUGUGAAGCUAUGUGUAUGAAGAAUUGUUCUUGCACGGCCUAUACAAAUUCGAACAUUAGCGGAAGCGGGUCGGGUUGUGUGAUUUGGAGCUCCGAACUUCUUGAUAUGCGGCAGUAUGCGGUGGCGGAAGGUGGCCAAGUUCUCUACGUUAGGGUGGCUUCUUCUGAUGCAGUGCAAAUUGGAGGUGAAAGAUCUGGAAAUAGUUCUCGCAAGACAAAAAUAGUUGCAAUAGCUGCUGGGGUUACAGUUGGUAUAGCUCUUGUGCUAUUUGGACUAACCCUUUGCCUCUUAUCAAAGAGAAGAAAACAUCAAAGUUCAAUUCGAACUAAAUCCGUAAACAGAGGCACUAGCGAACGAAGUCAAGAACUUUUGAUGAAUGCAACUAUUAUUCCAAGUAAAAGAGAAUUUUCUGGUGAAACUUCCACGGAAGAGUUUGAAUUGCCAUUGUUUGAUUACAGUACCCUAGCUACGGCAACAGAAAAUUUUUCUGACGCGACUAAGUUGGGCCAAGGUGGCUUUGGUUGUGUUUACAAGGCAAUGCUGGUUGGUCAAGAAGUAGCAGUCAAAAGGCUCUCGAAGAAUUCCGGACAAGGAGUAGAGGAAUUUAAAAAUGAGCUAAGAUUGAUUGCCAGGCUUCAACACAGAAAUCUAGUCCGGCUUCUUGGCUGUUGUGUUGAUAUGGAAGAGAAGAUGCUGAUCUAUGAAUACCUGGAGAAUAAAAGUUUAGAUUCAAUUUUGUUCAAUAAACAGAAAAGCUCGCUGCUCGACUGGCAAAAGCGGUUCAAUAUUAUUUGUGGGAUUGCUCGGGGGCUUCUAUACCUUCAUCAAGAUUCAAGAUUUAGGAUUAUCCAUAGAGACCUUAAAGCAAGCAAUAUUCUGCUUGAUAAGGAUUUGACUCCCAAAAUAUCAGAUUUUGGCAUGGCAAGAAUUUUUGGCGGAGAUGAGACUGAAGGAAAUACAAAAAGAGUAGUUGGAACCUAUGGUUACAUGUCUCCGGAAUAUGCAAUGGAUGGCCUCUUCUCUGUUAAGUCCGAUGUUUUCAGCUUUGGGGUUUUGGUGUUAGAAAUAGUAACCGGAAAGAAGAACAGGGGAUUCUAUUAUCAAAAUAACCAACUCAACCUUCUUGGACAUGCGUGGAGACUAUGGAAAGAAGGGAGCGGCUCAGAGCUACUAGAUCCAUCUUUUGGAGAAUCUUUUUCUCCAUCUGAAGUAAUGAGAUGCAUACAGGUUGGACUGUUGUGUGUCCAGGAACAAGCAGAAGACAGACCAAACAUGGCCACUGUGGUUUUGAUGCUAGGUAGCGAAAGUGCAUCACUUCCUCAGCCUAAAAACCCAGGAUUUUGCCUUGGAAGAAGACCCGUUGAUUCUGAUUCAUAUUCGACUAAUUAUGAAGAAACUUGCACUGUCAAUCAAGUUACAGUUACCAUGAUAGAUCCCCGGUAGUUGAUGGUAUCGCCCUCAGAAAGUGUGUAUAUUACUACAAGAGGUUCACAAUUUUCUCUUGUAUAUUACUAUCUCAGUUUUUGUUUUUGGGUAAGUUUUGUGAAAGAUAAAGAGCAUAAUUAGGUCUUUUUUUCUCAUUACAUACAAUUGUGAGUUCAAAAAUCUUGUCUUUUUUCAUCAUCAAUGUAAUAGGCCAAUCAUUCCUUUCCAUAUCCUUGUAAAUUACUGUGCCAUUAUUGAUGCGAUUCAGAAGGAAUAUCUUGUGCAUUCAUCUUCAUUUCUUCUAAAUAAAA